AUGCCUGAGGGCCACAAAAGAGCGGAGACUGGCCGAGGUGGACGCGAAGACGAGUACGAGCGGGACGCGCCUCGAAGUUCGAUCGAGCGCCCGUCGGGAGUGUCGGCAAAACCCGAACCGCGGGAAGAUUUUGUGCGCCGGUUCCCGGCAUUCGAGUUGGCGAGCUUGCCUGGUCGCGUUGCUUGA